GCCAUCAAGUUUCAUCACAUACGGCGAAGGAUCUGCAUAGGCGGCGCUGGACCUGUACAAUACGGAGGGAUUGUAUUAUAAGUAGGUUGAGUGCAGCAGUGGUGCCUCUAGAGCGCCGAAACAGAGUCGCAAGCAGAGUCGCCUGCAGAGUACAGAGACUGAUGAUGCCUAGCUGAGGGCUUGCUUCGAUAUUGAUCAUACCCGGUUUACAUUUGCCCCACCACGCCACUACCCCGCCGACGUCUCCCUCAACGAAGAGCCCCUCACUUGAACAUGUUUUCGUUCAAUACCACAGCUCCAAUAACACGACAACUUCUUCGACAACCUCUUUACUCAAACCAACACACUCUUCAACGUUCAUUCCACGCCACUGCCGCCAACAUGGUUGUCAAGUGCUACUUCGACUGCAGCUGGAACGACCCCCGGAGCAAGGAGAGGAAGACGGGCCGUAUCAACUUCAAUCUCUUCGACACAGAUGUUCCGAAGACCGCUGAGAACUUCCGUGCUCUGUGCACCGGCGAGAAGGGGUUCGGCUACAAGGGCAGCAAGUUCCACCGUGUGAUCCCGGACUUCAUGCUCCAGGGUGGUGACUUCACUCGCGGCAACGGCACGGGUGGCAAGUCCAUCUACGGCGAGAAGUUCGCCGACGAGAACUUCAAGCACAAGCACACCAAGCCCGGUCUCCUCUCCAUGGCCAACGCCGGCCCGAACACCAACGGUAGCCAGUUCUUCAUCACCACCGUCGUGACCAGCUGGCUCGAUGGCAAGCACGUCGUCUUCGGAGAGGUUGCCGACCAGGACUCGAUGAAGGUCGUCAAGGCCAUCGAGAGCUGCGGCCAGUCGAGCGGUUCCACGGGCAGCACGAACCCGAUGAUCGAUGAUGCCGGUGUGCAGUAAGCUGGCGCCGCGUGAAGUGGGGAAGACUGAGCAGCAAGCGAGCGUGGAAACACACAGACGAGGCAGCAUCAGCGGAAAACAAUGCGGUGCUGAGGGCUGGCUGUUGCUGUUAUGCUAGCCUCAAAAAGUAGAUUGCAUGUAGCAGACAGGAUGCUUCUCUUCUUACAUG